GCAGAGUUAUCUUUGGAAACUUCCGGUUCGUUCUUCUCGCCAUUUUGUUGAACGUCCAUUGAAGGUUAAUGUCUAACGCCAUCAUGUCGGAUGACAAGUAUGUUCUGUGGACUGCUCCAUUUGAUGCCAGGUUCCCCAACCAGAACCAGACCAGGAAUUGCUGGCAGAACUAUGUAGAUUUCCACCGAUGCCACAAGAUUAAGGGUGAGGACUAUGCACCAUGUGACUACUUCAAGAGGGUCUACCAAACGAUGUGCCCUUCUAGAUGGACUGACAAGUGGGACGACCAGAGAGCUAAUGGUUCCUUCGCAGGCAAGAUUUAACCCAGGGACCGUGUAGGUCAUUGCCCCAUCAUUGUGUGUGUAUAUAUAUAUAUAUAUAUACACAGGCGUUUCCAGCUGUUGCAGAAGCUAAUGUUGUUCAGGAUAUGUGGAUAUGAAUGUCAUAGUGUGUUGAGAGAUAUUUAAAUCACAAAAUAUUUUAGUUCUUAUCUGGCCGCUGGAGUUGUUGAUAUCUACAUACCAUCACAUGACAUCAGUGGUGUAAAUGAAUGGUGUUAAUAAAAAAAAUCCAGUGUA